AUGGAAACUGGAAAUAAAGAGUUGAUACUCAUAAAUAACCAGCGAAGGAAGAUGGCUGCCCAGGCGUCCAAUGUUAAAUUACCAUCACUAAAUAGGCAAAGAAAGUAUAAUGAUGAUAGUGAUGAUGAAGCAGUACCUGUAACACGUUUUCGUCCAAAGAAUCGUAAAAAGAUCAAGCCUUCACAAUGGAAGAAAUUAACCGAUUUGGAAAAAAGUCGUUAUAUGGCAGAAGCUGAAAUGAAUCAUCUUAUUGCAUGUCAACCGACGUCAUUGCGGGCAAUUCGAUUACAAACUUUAGUUCCACCUCGACCAAAACCUACUCAAUUUGAUGAUUUACUUGAUAAACUGGAGAGAGUUCGAGUGGAAAAUAUCAUUGAAGAUGAUCGAGAAUUAACAAUAACAAGAGAAUUAACGAGAGCAAUAUAA